AUCUUAUGUGCCCAUGAAUUGACAUCCACUAUACCAUUCUUGUAGAUAUUGGGAGAUCUAAAGGGAAUUUUAUCAUUUCCAUUUGAAGUUAUGCCAAUGUUUUGGUGUCCCACGUUACAUCUAAUAUGUUAGUUGUGUACAGUGUAUUAUAUUAUCUCAUAUCGUGGUUCGAACACAAUAACAAGGGAACUUUUUUUUUAAAAAAGAAAAUAGCGAGGAAAUUAAUGAGCCCCUUCGUCGUAUGAAAUAGCUUUAUUUUGGACUCUUUAAAUUCAAAAUUCAACUUUCUAAGAAUUAGCUAGACUCCUAUUCAAUACAUCUACACAUUAUUUACCGCAAAUACAUUAGCAGGUAACAGAGUUUCAGGAUAAAAUGGCUGGUGCAUUGGAGUUCCGCAAGGCUGACGAUGUUAUGAUCUUGUUGGACCAUGGCCAACUGCGUAACCUAGCCAGGAUACUAAGACUCCGAGAAGCGCCCCUCAUGUCGAAUCUCGGUUCGGAGGUGGAGCGCAUCAAAUACCUCGACCACGUCAAUGACGCUCAUGACAAACUGGUUGAUUUGGUGACCGCGUCCGAGCAACAUACACAAAGGUAUGAGCAACAGAACAAUCAAUUGAAGGCCGAGAUUGCCAAGGCCAUCGAAGAGUAUGUGGUCCUUGGUGCAAACUGGGCUAUGCAAUGUAUUCGAAAUGUUCUUAUGCGAUUGACCUGUGUCGAAAAGCUUAGGGACCAAUUCGAUGGCCUUGUUGUAGAGCUUGAGAAACUUGAUCAAAAUAACCAAAUUGAUGUUGAAGAUUUGGUUGAAAAAUUGAACAAGCUCAAGUAUUACAUGUGGGAGUACGCCAAUACUACUCGAAGUGAACAAGCCCGACGGAGGUCCCGUGAAUUUUCUGAGAGCUUGAUGAUGCAAGGAAGCACAGUUUCUUAUCUCCUCAGCAGAAAAGCGUCUCAGCUUGGAUUUAAACCAGAAUUUGAGGACUUGGAAGACCAACAAACGCUCCAGGUAUACAUGGCUAUCAUCAACGAAUCGAGAAGAGCUGAGCUCCCCGAUUUGUAUAAUAGUGACGCGAGAAAGCUGGGGAUCUUUAAAAAGAUCGAUAUAGCAAUGCUUGUGGUGAACUCAGCUGUAUUAGUGUGUGAUCUGUUUCAUGCUGGUGAAAAGCCCGAUGGCAUGGAAAUUGCCUUUAAUCUUACUAAUGGUCUUGAAGAUUAAUAACAUGAUCAUGCAAUUGUUAGAAGUGCUGAGAUUUGUAUUUACACAUAAAAUUUACCACCCACAUAUAUAUUUGUACUUCUUUUAUGUCGUAUAAUAAAGGAAUAUGAUGUUCCUCCCUAA